AUGGCUAUUCCUUGCGUCAAAAGAAACAUACUUUUACUUCUUCUUCCUCUUCUCGUUCUUUUAUCAAUCACUCCUUUGUCUUCAUCUUUGUCUCCAAGUGACAAAGUCACAAACAUAUUACUUCACCAACUCUGCUCAACACCACCAAUCUUCAGGGACUUCUGCAUCUCUUGGCUUUCCUCUGACCCAAGAACGUUCACCCUCGACGUGAACGGUCUUCUCAGUUCGAUCAUCCAAAAGACACAAACAGUUGGCAAUAAUAACUUAGCCGCGAUGCAACACUCAUCAAGAUCCACUCCUGAUCCAACGCUAAGGAUGCCAUAUCGGUAUUGCGUUACGGAUUAUGAAUCAGCCGUUAAUUCGAUCGAUACAGCUACAACUAAGGACUAUAGAUCAACAUCUAUAGCAGCUGCGAAAGCCUUUGUUAGUAUAAGUGUGUGUGAAGCUAACCUUAAUGGACGUGAGAAUGUUCCUUCUGAUGUUAUACAACGCAAUGUUGUUUUUAAGAGAAUGUGUAACAUUGUUAGAGUUUUCUCUGAUCUUUUGACAUCUUGA